GGAAGUAAGCCCGGGAGGGGGUGAGGGGUGGAGGGAAAAGCAAGCCAGGAGGUUGUGCGGCCGCUUCUAGUAGUUUCCAGGCGCUGCCGGGCGGCUGGGACCAGGCGGUCCUGAGGCUGUGGCUGCUCGGGAGUCUGUGGCGGCGCGAUCAGGGAACCGAUGGCCAAGUGGGGUGAAGGCGACCCACGCUGGAUCGUGGAGGAGCGGGCGGACGCCACCAACGUCAACAACUGGCAUUGGACCGAGAGGGAUGCUUCAAAUUGGUCCACAGAUAAGCUGAAAACCCUUUUCUUGGCAGUGCGCUUGCAAAAUGAGGAAGGCAAGUGCGAAGUGACAGAAGUGAGUAAGCUUGAUGGAGAAGCAUCCAUCAAUAACCGAAAAGGCAAGCUUAUCUUCUUUUAUGAAUGGAGCAUCAAGCUAAACUGGACAGGUACCUCUAAGUCAGGAGUGCAGUACAAGGGACAUGUGGAGAUCCCCAACUUGUCUGAUGAAAACAGUGUGGAUGAAGUGGAGAUUAGUGUGAGCCUUGCCAAAGAUGAGCCUGACACAAAUCUCGUGGCCUUAAUGAAAGAAGAAGGGGUGAAACUUCUAAGAGAAGCAGUGGCAAUUUACAUCAGCACCCUCAAAACAGAAUUCACCCAGGGCAUGAUCUUGCCCACGAUGAAUGGAGAAACAGUAGAUGCCACCAGGCAGCCGGCGCUGAAAGCUGAGGAGCGGAAGGCUAGUAAGUCCACUGCUUCGAAAACCCAGGCCAAGCCUGUUGGUGUCAGAAUCCCCACUUGUAAGAUUGCUCUUAAGGAAACCUUCCUCACGUCACCGGAGGAGCUCUAUAGAGUGUUUACCACACAGGAGCUGGUCCAGGCCUUCACCCAUGCACCUGCAAUGUUAGAAGCAGACAAAGGUGGGAAGUUCCACAUGGUUGAUGGCAAUGUUACUGGGGAGUUCACUGACCUGGUCCCGGAGAAACACAUUGCAAUGAAGUGGAGGUUUAAAUCUUGGCCAGAGGGGCACUUCGCCACCAUCACCUUGUCUUUCACUGAUAAGAACGGAGAGACUGAGCUGUGCAUGGAAGGGCGUGGCAUCCCAGCUCCUGAGGAAGAGCGGACGCGGCAGGGCUGGCAGCGGUACUACUUUGAGGGCAUCAAACAGACCUUUGGCUAUGGUGCACGCUUGUUUUAGGGUCUGCAGCUAGGAGGCUGCAUGCAGCCUGCUUGAUACUUCGGUCCAGCCCCCUGCUGACUGGGGUUUGUGACUGACAGGAUUUCACCAUCCCAACCACUAACUUGGGGCCGGGGCCCCCUCCCCUCCACAUAUCCCUUGGGUUUGUGCAUGGUUUUUGCUGGGUGGGAUCAGAGGGCAACUUCUCUUUUAUGUGUACAUACGCUAAAUAAACUUAAUUUAAAAAAC